AAAACCUGUUUCUGGCGUCCAGGUUUUCUCUGAGGCGGUUUAUUGCCGGGCGAAUCCCGGGUCUGGUGUCGCGGGGCAUGCUGGGAGCUGUAGUCUAGGUCUUUAAGCAAUUUCCCGAGCGGAACUGGGUGACGAGAGACCGGGGUGCUGCGGAACCCCCAGACGCGCGUUGGCCGCGUUGCGUGUUUCCUGGCGGAGCGGCAACUCUGCCGUGGGUGGCCUUUCCUGGCUUCCUCUGUCCGGGCGCCCUGCGGUUGUAGCGGCCUCCCAGCAGUGCGGGAAAGCACAACUCCUCCUUGAUGGAAUAGUUGGGAAGAUGUUUGCAUCUCCUAUUGUGUAUGAAUGGGAUAAUCCUGUUAAAGAAGCUGGAGAAUAGCAGCAGAAAUGGAUGAGCAAGCUCUUCUAGGAUUAAAUCCAAAUGCUGACUUAGAUUUCAGGCAGCGAGCAUUGGCCUAUUUUGAACAGUUGAAGAUAUCUCCCGAUGCUUGGCAGGUGUGUGCUGAAGCUUUAGCCCAAAGAAUCUACAGUGAUGAUCACAUCAAGUUCUUCUGCUUUCAAGUUCUGGAACAUCAAAUUAAAUACAAGUAUUCUCAACUAACUGAAGUACAGCAACAGCUAAUUAGGGAAACACUUAUAACAUGGCUACAGGCACAGAUGGUGAAUUCUCAAUCAGAGAAGACAUUUAUACGAAACAAAGCAGCUCAGGUCUUUGCUUUGCUGUUUGUUACAGAGUAUCUCACAAAAUGGCCCAAGUUUUUCUUUGAUAUUCUGUCUGUGGUAGGCCUGAAUCCUCGAGGUGUGGAUCUUUAUCUCAGAAUUCUUAUGGCAGUUGAUGCUGAACUGGUAGAUAGGGAUGUUGUUCAUACAUCAGAGGAGGCUCGCAGAAAUACCUUAUUAAAAGAUACUAUGAGGGAGCAAUGCAUUCCGAGUUUGGUCGAAUCAUGGUAUCAAAUCUUGCAAACAUAUCAAUAUACAAAUUCAGAAUUGACCUGUCAGUGCCUUGAAGUAGUUGGAGCCUAUGUCUCUUGGAUAGAAUUAAGUCUAAUUGCAAAUGAAAGGUUUAUAAAUAUGCUGCUAGGUCACAUGUCCAUAGAAGUUUUACGGGAGGAAGCAUGUGACUGCUUGUUUGAAAUUGUAAAUAAGGGAAUGGAUCCAAUUGAUAAAACUAAGUUGGUAGAAACUUUGUGUCAAGUUUUGCAGUCUGCUGGCUUAUUUAUAGUUGACCAGGAAGAAGAUGUGGACUUUCUAGCUAGAUUCUCUAAACUGAUAAAUGGAAUGGGGCAGGCAUUAAUAGCUAGCUGGACUAAACUUGUGAAGAUUGGAGAUUUGAAGAAUGCUCAAGAUACUCUACAAGCAAUUGAAGCAAAAGUAGCUCUAAUGUUACAACUUUUGAUACAUGAGGAUGAUGAUAUAUCUUCAAAUAUUAUAGGGUUUUGUUAUGAUUAUCUGCACAUAUUGAAACAGCUUCCUAUGCUUUCAGAACAACAAAAAGCUAAUGUAGAGGCAAUUAUGCUGGCGGUAAUGAAAAAAUUAACAUACGAUGAAGAAUACAAUUUUGAAAAUGAGGGUGAAGAUGAAGCCAUGUUUGUAGAAUAUCGGAAACAGCUAAAACUGUUGUUGGACAGACUUGCACAAGUCUCACCUGAAUUACUAUUAGUUUCUGUUCGCAGAGUUUUUAACACUACAUUGCAGAAUUGGCAAACCAAACCAUUUAUGGAAGUAGAAGUAGCAAUAAGAUUGUUGUAUAUGUUGGCUGAAGCUCUUCCAGUAUCUCAUGGUGCUCACUUUACAGGUGAUACAAAAGCUAAUGCCCUGCAGGAUAUGAUGCGGACUUUGGUUACAUCAGGUAUUAGCACCUACCAGCAUACAUCAGUAACUCUGGAAUUCUUUGAGACGGUGGUCAGAUACGAAAAAUUUUUCUCUACGGAACCUCAGCACGUUCCGAACGUUUUAAUAGCUUUCUUGGAUCAUAGAGGUCUUCGCCAUACUAAUCCGAAAGUACGAAGCAGAAUAGCAUACCUUUUCUCCAGAUUUGUCAAAUCUCUCAAUAAACAAAUGAACCCUUUUAUUGAAGAUGUAUUGAACAGAAUACAAGAUCUGCUGGAGCUUUCUCCACCUGAGAAUGGUUACCAGGCUUUAUUAAGCAGUGAUGAUCAACUCUUUAUUUAUGAGACUGCUGGAGUAUUGAUUGUGAACAGUGAAUACUCUACGGAACGCAAGCAGGCUUUAAUGAGGAAUCUUUUGACUCCCCUAAUGGAGAGAUUCAAAGUGCUGCUAGAAAAACUUAUGAUGGCACAGGAUGAAGACAGACAGGUGGCAUUAGCUGAUUGCCUGAAUCAUGCUGUAGGCUUUGCAAGCCGUACUAGCAAAGCUUUCAGCAACAAGCAGACAGUCAAACAGUGUGGGUGCUCAGAAGUGUAUCUGGACUGCUUACAAACAUUUCUACCAGCUCUCAGCUGCCCCUUGCAGAAGGAAGUUCUUAGAAGUGGUGUCCGCACCUUUCUUCACCGAAUGAUUAUUUGCUUAGAGGAAGAAGUUCUCCCAUACAUUCCUUCAGCCUCUGAACAUAUGCUUAAGGAUUGCGAAGCAAAAGAUCUUCAAGAAUUUAUUCCCCUCAUAAAUCAGAUCACAGCAAAGUUCAAGACCCAAGUCUCCCCAUUUCUCCAACAAAUGUUUAUGCCAUUACUGCACGCUAUUUUUGAAGUGUUGCACCAACCUGCUGAAGACAAUGACCAAUCUGCUGCUUUAGAAAAGCAAAUGUUGCGAAGGAGUUACUUUGCCUUUCUACAAACAGUCACUGGCAGUGGAAUGAGUGAAGUCAUAGCAAAUCAGGGUGCAGAGAAUGUAGAGCGUGUGCUGUUUACAAUCAUCCAAGGAGCAGUUGACUAUCCUGAUCCUAUUGCUCAGAAAACCUGCUUUAUCAUUCUUUCAAAAUUGGUGGAACUUUGGGGAGGCAAAGAUGGACCUGUCGGUUUUGCUGACUUUGUCUAUAAACAUAUUGUUCCUGCAUGUUUCUUAGCACCUUUGAAACAAACAUUUGACUUAGCAGAUGCACAGACGGUAUUGGCUUUAUCGGAAUGUGCAGUGACAUUAAAAACAAUUCAUCUCAAAAGGGGUCUUGAAUGUAUCCAGUAUCUGCAACAGGAGUAUCUGCCUUCAUUGCAAGUAGCUCCUGAAAUAAUACAGGAGUUCUGUCAAGCACUUCAGCAGCCUGAUGCUAAAGUUUUUAAAAACUACUUAAAGGUAUUCUUUCAAAGAGCAAAACCCUAAGGAAUCUGCUGGAAUUUCUGCCUACUUUCCUUAAUCAGGAACUCCAGAUAUUAAUUUCUAGGAAUGCUAACUUCUGUGCCAUUCAAAUUACUUUUUUUUUUAGUUUCUCUGGGCAUAAAUCAUAUGUGUAUUAGCCUUUUUAUGUAAUACAGGAGAAUUGCCUUUACUUUGCUGGUUGAUGCACAUAAAGGCAUAAAGACAACACAAGUUGCCUGAUAGUCUGUUUCAAAUAAUGUGUUGGAUAACUGUAUGCUGUAAUUAAAAGGGCAAAAAUAAAAUGCUGUUUUUUAAUUUUGAAAUUAAACAAUGUAUACAUUUCUCCAAAUUACAUAGCAAUGGUUAUAAAUUGUGUACAUUUUUAAAUAAAAUAUGUGCAUAUUAGAAACAAGAUUCAUUUGUUCAUGUAUUGUGGAAUAAAAUAAAACAAUCAAGCUCUAUUUGUAGAUAGAUGUUUCAUUGGAUGGCCUAAACACAGGAAAAAAAUACAGUUAUUAAUAGAUAUGAUAAGGAACAGGAUGUGGCACUACCUUUUUAUAGAAACAAAUAAAUGUUAUUCAAUGAAAUUGUUAAA